AUGGUCAAGAGCCAUGGACUGAGAGGCUGCCGUGCAAGAAAGAAGCCCUUGCUCCAGAAAAGGCACCUUAAGACUCGGCUGAAGUUUGCUGCUGAUCACAUGGACGAAGAUAAAACCUUCUGGAGGAAAGUUCUGUGGUCAGACAAAACAAAAAUCGAGCUGUUUGGCCACAACACCCAGCAAUAUGUUUGGAGGAGAAAAGUUCUCAAUCGAGCCACUGUGACCCUGAACCCAAACUGGCCUCUGAUAUACAAAGGUGAGAAAGUUAUUCUCCAGUGUGAGAUCCCAGGAGGAGAAGGAAGAAAAUGGACCUUUGAAUGGAGACCAACCAGGUUAAAUGAACCUCAAACAUCCCAGGAAUACAUUAUCAUAACUUCAGCUAAAGAGUCUGAUAGUGGAGAAUACAGCUGCAGAGGAACAAGUGGAGAUGACUCAACAGACUGGAGCGAUGUGGUCGUAUUAACUGUGUUUUCCAACAGAGUUUCAGUGACUAUGGAGCCCAACUGGUCUCAGAUAUUCAGAGGAGAGACGGUCACUCUGAGAUGUGAGAUCAGAGGAGGUGAAGGAACUCAGUGGACGUAUGAAUGGAGACCAAGCAACAGAAACUCUCCCACAUCCAGUGAAUACUGGAUCAACUAUGCUACUCAAUCUGACAGUGGAGAAUACAGCUGCAGGGCUAAACAUGGCUAUCAGCUAACAGAGUGGAGUAAUACCUUUAGACUGUCAGUAUCACCAGAAAGAGCAGAUAAACUCUCUGUGUCUCCAUCAUGGCCGAAUCCUGGAGCCUCAGUGACUCUGAGCUGUGAGGGUUUGGAGCUUCAAUCAGCAGGAUGGAGGUUCUUCUGGUAUAAAGCUGUUCCAAACGCAAACAGCAGUUACUACACCUAUGAACUGCUUCCUGACAGCACCAAUGGGACUAAGCAGAACACCUACGUCAUUAAUGGAUCGACUCACACAGCAGGAUAUGUAUGCAGAGCAGGAAGAGGAGAACCAAAGUUUUACACUUACUACAGUAAACCAGAGUUUGUCUGGUCAGCAGGUUCAGCAGCAGCUUCUCUCACUGUGAGUCCUGACAGAGUUCAACACUUUAGGUCUGAAUCCGUCACACUGACUUGCAAAGGAAACUCCACUGACUGGAGAGUGAAGAGGUUUACAGAAACAGGCCGACUGUCAGACUUUACCUGCUCCACCUGGGGGACAAUGACUGGAUCUACAUGCGCCAUCAACAAGUACUGGUCUGAUAGUGGAGUGUACUGGUGUGAGUCUGGAUCAGGAGAGUUCAGCAAUGCAGUGAACAUCACUGUACAUGGUUAUUAUUAUGAUGAUAUUAUCCUGGUGAGCCCUGUUCAUCCUGUGACUGAGGGAGAUCCUGUUACUCUGACCUGCAGAAAUAAAGAAAAACUUCGUCUCUCCAAUGUGUUUUUCUAUCAUAAUGAUAAACUCAUCAAUAAUGACAGCAGAGAGGAGCUGAAUAUCUCUGCAGUGUCAAAGUCAGAUGAAGGUUUCUACAAAUGUAAACAUUCAGGAAAAGAGUCACCAAGGAGCUGGAUGUCUGUUAGAGUAGCUGUGUCCAGUCGUGGCAGUUCUACAUUUCCUGACAAGCUGAUCGUUGGACUGGUUGUUGGAAUCGUUCUCAUUAUUCUCAUUAUUCUCCUGCUCUUGUUGUGGCGCUGUCGUCGGUCCAAAGACUCGUGGUGUAUCAGAUCGAAGCAGUCAGAGGGCAGAGGUCAAACCUCAAACACCAGCGAUGCUGCAGAUCAUGAGCACAGGUCUCCUCCUCAUGAUAACGCCAAUCCCUAUGCGUCGGUCAAGACCUCUGAAGCGACAGGAAAUGCUGCGGAUGAGUCCACAGAGGUCACGUACUCUCGCAUUGAGCUGAAAGACAUUGACAGGACGAGGAGGCCUCGCGAAGCAGAGGAGGGCGCCGUUACUCCGAGGUGAAGUUGCAGCAGUAGAAUGAGGAUAAACUGAAAGACCAGAGGAGUCCUGCAGCAGCAGAUUCAGUGGUUUUAUUCUGAAGUCAGAUCAGGAUACCAACACUGCCACGUAAGACGCAUGAUCUGACGUCCUCUUCUAAAAGUUAUGACGAGUUAAAACACAUCACAUCCUUCAAAAUCCCACUUUUCCCACAUGUUCCUGUUAGGAAUCCGUUAGGGAAGCUGCUUUAUGAGAUUACUGCAAGAGCUGAAAUGCUUGUUCUUAAAUUCAUUGAGAUUUAUUUGUAUUUGCUGAUGUACAAUUUGACGUAGAGCAACCUUUCUUUAAGCUGAUCGUUUUUCUUGUAUUCUGUUGCAAAAGGUAGCAAAGAAAGAAAAUGCGAAACAUGUACAUUUUUUGUUGAGUUUUUGUUUCACAAUGUUUUCAAACGCAUUAGUUGUCACUAUAAGCUCUGUUUCUUUUUCAAAUUUUGAUAAAGUUGGUGUUUUCAUA